UGUACGCAUUUGCGAAUUAAUAGCAUCAAAUUAAAUAAAUAAUCUGAGCUUGAGCCGGUCGCUGAAGCCCACCAAUUGCCGCCGCCGCAUAGCAGAACACGUGAGCUACAUUGGCCAUGUACGCCACCAACAAUGGCGGCACGAAUAAGGCGCCAAACAGCAAUGCCGCCACCACGCUGUUCGACAACACAAUCACCGUGACACCGAUCAAGGUGGAUUUAAGCGGGCCCAUGGCGCAGGCCUACGCAGCGGGCAAGGUAACGACGGGUGUUCAGCGACGAACGCCCAACGCUGUGGUUGUCACAUCCCAACAGCAACUUCCCCCACAACAACAACAGCAGCAGCAGCAACAACAACAACAACAGCAGCAGCAGCUUCAACAAUCGGCCACGGCCACGCUGACGAUGCCAAUGCAGGCAACGCUGGUGUCUAGCGCUUGCACCAUUGUGAAUCCCGGAAUGACGAUGACGGUCAGUGCCAGUCCCAGUCCCAGCACGCCCAAAGAGAAGGCCACAAAGGCGACACGGGCGCAAGUGGCCCGCAAGCCGCCGCCGACCAUCGACAACUUCUGGCCGAAUAUUGUGAGUGAGGUUCAUGGAAUCGGGCAGGUCGAUGCCAAGCAUCAGGUUCUGCCCUUGGCGCGCAUCAAGAAGAUCAUGAAGCUGGACGAAAACGCCAAAAUGAUAGCGGGCGAGGCACCGCUGCUCUUUGCCAAGGCCUGCGAGUACUUCAUCCAGGAGCUGACCAUGCACGCCUGGGUGCACACCGAGGAGAGUCGCCGGCGCACGCUGCAGCGCUCGGACAUCGCCCAGGCCAUAGCCAAUUACGAUCAGUUCGACUUCCUCAUCGACAUAGUGCCGCGGGAGGAGAUCAAGCCAUCGUCGGCGCAGAAGGGCAAAGAUUCAAUGGGAGCGUGCUCAACAACGGGAAUGGCCGGCUCCGUUACGGGCAGUUCCGUCAACCACAGCUCCUCGUCCGCCGCCACAGCCACGGCCACGAGCAACUUCAGCUUGGGCGGCACCACUGUACCUUCUGCCACGGCCACCCUAAAGAUGGACACCAGCAGCGCUGCCACCGCAGCCGAGGUACUCGGCUUCAGCACCGUCAAUCAGGACAUUUUCACCGCCCAACUGCAGCAGCAUCAACACCAGCAGCAGCAACAGCAGCAGCAGCAGCAGCAUCAACCCCAGCAUGUGCAGAUCAUCCAGCAGGCCGGAGGACAUGCGGGCGGGCAGCAGCUGCAGUACUUCAUUGCACUGCCGGGGCAACAGGGGACGCAGCUGGUCCAGCAAGUGCAGCAGGUGCAGCAGCAGCCAGCCCAGAAUCACUUGUCCCAGAGUCUUGGCCUCAAUAUUGUGGCCGCCCAGCAGCCCACACAGCAGCUGAUCCUCACCACCGGCCCCAAUGGGCAGCUGACCGCCACUCCGGCACCCACAACGGCAGCCCAGCAGCAAACAGCCCUGCUCCAGAAUCUCGCCCAGCAGCAUCACCAACAGCAACAGCAACAACAACAACAGCAGCAGCAAAUUCAGAUAAUUCAGCAGGUGGUGGGCCCAACGGGAGAGAUAACCAAUGUACCAAUUGCUAUCACUGCGAGCCACUUGCAGCUGCUGCGACUGCAGAUGCAGCAACAGCAACAACAGCAGCAGCAGCAACAACAGCAGCAACAAGUCGCCGCUGCUGCACAGUUGGCUGGGCAGCAGCAUGGCCAACAGCAGCAGGUGAUCAUACCCACGCAGCUGCUGACGGCACAGCAGCUCAUCCAGCUGGGGGCCACGCCCGCGGGCACAGCCACCCACCAGCAGCAGCAGCAUCAUCAUCAGCAGCAGCAGCAGCAGCAGCAUCACCACCACCAGCAGCAGCAUCAGAUUCAGGUGCAAGUACAGCAACAACAGCAUGUAAAUCUGAGCCAGAGCAACUCCAGCACCGUCACCAAUGCCACGCCCAUAUACAUUAACUCGACGGUAUCGAGUGCCCAGACGGCAACGCAAUCGCAACAGCAGCAGCAAACGCAGGCGCAGACGAUCACCACAAUGUCCACGGAUCGGACGCUGACUGGAGGGUUUCGGUAAAAGCUCAGAGCUGCGUCUAUGUCUCCCCACCCCCUCCAAAGAGAAAGAGAUUUAGAGGAGAGGCUUAGUUUUUGGAUUUUGGACAACUAGCAAUCAUAUCGAAGCAUCGGGAGGCAUUGGCAUUGGCAUCGGCAAUGGCAAUGGCAUUGAUUGCGCCAUUCCCUGUCAUCCAGCACAAUGUAUAUUAUAAAUAUUUAGUUCAUAUCGCAGAGGAGAGUAGAGUAGAGUAUAGGAGAAGAUUAUACAUAGAUAUUUUUUAGGUUUUAGGUAAGAUUCUUCAGUGUAGAAAUGAUUUCGGAUUUGAAUUUAUACGUAUACCCUUGUAGUUGAGGGUAUUCUGAUGUUUACAAUCACGGAGAAGGAUAUAUACAUAUAUAUAUAAGCUUGAUCAGCACGAAUAGCCGUGUGUGUAUAUAUAGCACUAUACCCGUCUGUCCGUUUGACCUCUUUCUAUGCAAACUAGUCACUUACUUUUGUAGCUACAACUUUUUACUGGAUUGGAAUUAGAAUUGGAAUCGGAAUCUGACCCAUAGAGCAUCUCGCGAGGAUACCAAAGUAAAGUGCUUUGCUGCCGCUACACUUACAAUGUAAAUCAGUGUGAUCCACGCCGACAACCGAACGGAAGCAUACAUCCUUUCAGUGGCUAGCGCCCAGAUCAUGUUACUAUAUCGUCAAGUCUUUACCAUCAACUGGCCCAAGCGAUGACAACAUCGAACGAAGAAACGACCGAGGAGUGCAUGACAAAUUGUAUAUUUCUAAAGAUAAGGCACAGGCGGCGAACGAUCCAUCUGCAAGGGUAUCCGAAAGCUUCGGGGCCACCGAAGGUAGCACCUUCCUUUCUUCCUUCCUUCCUUUCUUGUUAAUAUAAACACCCGAAGACACGCUAGUCUCAAGUCCAGAAUAAUGCCAAAACGGAUGAGAUAUUGUGGACUGCUUCGGGAAUGCCACAUUUGGCUGCAGGUUUCACCAACUCCUCCAACCACCAAACACACAUCCACCAUUUUAAAGCUAGCACUUAGAGACGCAGCCGAGGAUGCCCCCUACAGUGGCACACAGCCGAAGUGAUGGAAUUCGGCGAUGGUGUGCCACGGCACACGGGCGUGGGCCGAGCAUCCCCGGGUUUAUUAUGUAUUUGUAUGUGUAACUAGGAUAAGAUCUAAAAUCAAUUAUAAGCCACAAGGACUAUGUGCCAGAUGCGAUUCUG